AUGCCAUCUUCCAAAAACGACGACCGCCACGAGCCAGGUCCCGCGCAUCAGUUCAAGCCUGCGGACGCAAAUGCAAACUCGGACGAUAAGACCGUGGAACCUUUAGGAUUUCGCAGGAAGGUUCAAGGUUGGUGGCGGGACCGUAAGGGCGGCGAGCGGGGACAGCGGGACCGGCCCGAACACCACGGUUGGUUAGCUCGGCCGGAAGCCGAUGCCGCACCCGCUGUCUCCACUUUACCCGUCAACGGCAACAAAGACAAGUUGACCUUAGCUGUUCAUCACGAGGAACUGCUCGCUACACCCGCGACCCAAGUCGCCGAAACGAACUGCCGAUCAGAUUCGCUUUGGGAUCGCGCAUACGAAGCCCUCAAAAAAGACAAGCAACAACUGGUCAGGGAGUAUGAGAAGCUUCUCGCAAAGGAGGUACAGACAGCGAAUCUUGCGUCGGAAGCUGCCCUACAAGACAGUUCGCGUUCUCUGCGACAAGCCCAACUGACCACCGUUAUUGAUGGAGGCCUAAAGCGCAUGGACGAGAAGACUACGAAAUACACGAUUGCCGGUCAUGACUUUGUCCUCAAAGAGCAGAUUGCCCAGGCCUCCAAGUUCUUGCUGUGGGCCAAAGACUGGGUGGGCGAGGCCGUCCAGGCAUCACCGCAGGCAUCUAUUGCGUGGGCGGCCGUCUGCCUCGUUCUCCCGCUCCUCACAAACCCCACAACAGCUGCAGAGGCCAACCAGCACGGACUCAAGACAGUCACCGCCCGUAUGCGGUACUAUGUGGAGUUGGAGCCUGUGGUACACCGUCUGGCUGCCAACGGACGGGGCGAUGUUGAUAUGCGUGGGUUAAUGGAGCAGGUGGACAGCAACAUCGUCGAUCUGUACCGGCAGAUUCUCGAGUUCCAAAUCAGCAGCGUGCUGCGGUUCUACGCCAACCACCUCAAGACCUACGCCAAAGACAUGGUUCUGCCCGAAGACUGGACGCAGAUGACGCUUGACAUCGAGGCGCGCGGCGAGACGAUCCGCAAAGACGUGAGCCAGAUCGCGGAAUUGGUGGGACACCAGGACGCAGAAGCGACACAAAGCGUGCUUGCCGCACUCAGCGAGACAAGUCGACAGGCCCUCGACGUGAUGGGCUCGCUUCUGUCGGAGCAACUCUCUGUCUUGCAGCAGCAGCUGCAGCUCGAGAAGGACAUCCGGGAGGAUGCCGUGCGCCAACGGCUGUCGGACGAGCAGAUCGCGUGCCGUGAGCUGUUUUGCCUCACCAACGCCGACGAUGCGACGUACGAGUGGUACAAGGACCGCGUGGAGGACCUGGUCGAGGGCACGUGUCAGUGGGUCCUCCAGCACGAGCACUUCCAACAGUGGCUGGCGCAAGACUCCGGCCCGCUGCUCGUCUCGGCCGAUCCCGGGUGCGGCAAGUCGGUGCUGGCCAAGUAUUUGAUUGACCAGGGGCUGGCAGAGCAAUUGCAGAAGGUGCAGUCCCCGAACGCCACGAACAGCACAAUCUGCUACUACUUCUUCAAAGACCAAGACCAGAACACGUCCCGCCAGGCCCUCUGUGCUCUGCUGUACCAGCUCUUCUCCCGGAAGCCACAUCUUCUGCAGCAUGCUAUACCGUUGUACAGAGAGCACGGCCAUCAUUUGAACAAGUUUGAGAACGAUCUCUGGGCGAUCCUGGGACACGCGGUGCGCGACCCAGACGCCGGGCCGGUCAUUGUCGUUCUCGAUGCGUUGGAUGAAUGUGCCGCGUCCCAGUUCAACGGCUUGAUGCGGAAUUUGGAGACUCUGCUACGCGAUGCCCAGUCGUCCCAUGCCUAG